AUUUCACUAAUCGAUUCUUCUCGAAACCCAGAAAAACAUGCAUAAAAACGGCUCUUUCUACUUCAAAUUUCAGCGUCUUUCAGAAAUCAUCAAGCUUAAAAUAAUUCUCUGCUCUCGAUCUUAGUCUUAGUCUUAACUUUGUAGUUUAUUUUGUUAAAUCAACAAUGGCAGGAAAAGGAGAAGGGCCAGCGAUCGGUAUCGAUCUAGGCACAACAUACUCAUGCGUCGGCGUAUGGCAACAUGACAGAGUUGAAAUCGUAGCUAAUGAUCAAGGCAACAGAACGACUCCGUCUUAUGUUGCUUUCACUGAUACAGAGCGUUUGAUUGGCGAUGCUGCUAAAAACCAGGUCGCCAUGAACCCCAUCAACACCGUCUUUGAUGCAAAGCGUUUGAUUGGUAGGAGAUUCAGCGAUCCUUCAGUUCAGAGUGAUAUCAAGCUCUGGCCAUUCAAGGUCGUUGCUGGUCCUGGUGACAAGCCUAUGAUUGUGGUUACCUACAAGGGCGAGGAGAAACAAUUUUCUGCCGAGGAGAUUUCUUCAAUGGUUCUCAUUAAAAUGCGUGAGAUUGCUGAAGCUUUCCUUGGCACCUCUGUCAAUAAUGCGGUAGUUACUGUCCCUGCUUACUUCAAUGACUCUCAAAGGCAGGCCACGAAGGAUGCUGGUGUCAUUGCCGGUCUAAAUGUCAUGCGUAUUAUCAACGAACCCACUGCCGCUGCUAUCGCUUAUGGUCUUGACAAGAAGGCAACGAGUGUUGGUGAGAAGAAUGUGCUCAUCUUUGAUUUGGGUGGUGGUACUUUUGAUGUCUCUCUUCUUACCAUUGAAGAGGGUAUCUUUGAGGUGAAGGCCACUGCUGGAGAUACCCACCUUGGAGGUGAGGACUUCGACAACAGAAUGGUGAAUCACUUUGUUCAGGAGUUCAAGAGGAAGCAUAAGAAGGAUAUUAGUGGAAAUCCCAGAGCUCUAAGGAGGUUGAGGACUGGUUGUGAGAGGGCCAAGAGAACUCUCUCAUCCACUGCUCAGACAACCAUCGAGAUUGAUUCCCUGUUUGAGGGGGUUGAUUUCUACUCGACCAUUACACGUGCUAGAUUCGAGGAGCUUAACAUGGAUCUUUUCAGGAAGUGUAUGGAGCCUGUAGAGAAGUGUUUGAGGGAUGCUAAGAUGGACAAGAGCACUGUCCAUGACAUUGUCCUUGUUGGUGGUUCUACUAGAAUCCCCAAGGUGCAGCAGUUGUUGCAGGACUUUUUCAAUGGGAAGGAGCUUUGCAAGAGCAUUAACCCUGAUGAGGCUGUUGCUUAUGGUGCUGCUGUCCAGGCUGCAAUCUUGAGUGGUGAGGGCAAUGAGAGGGUACAAGAUUUGCUACUUUUGGAUGUCACUCCACUUUCUCUGGGAUUGGAAACAGCUGGAGGUGUCAUGACUGUUUUAAUUCCAAGAAACACCACCAUUCCCACAAAGAAGGAGCAGGUGUUCUCCACCUAUUCAGACAACCAACCUGGUGUCUUGAUCCAAGUUUUUGAGGGUGAGAGAGCAAGGACAAAGGACAAUAAUUUACUGGGCAAAUUUGAGCUAUCUGGCAUUCCUCCAGCACCAAGGGGUGUUCCUCAAAUCACCGUGUGCUUUGAUAUUGAUGCCAAUGGUAUCUUGAACGUCUCUGCUGAGGACAAGACUACUGGCCAGAAGAACAAGAUUACAAUCACUAAUGAUAAGGGAAGGCUGUCAAAGGAGGAGAUUGAGAAAAUGGUACAGGAAGCUGAGAAGUACAAGUCUGAGGACGAGGAACACAAGAAGAAGGUUGAAGCUAAAAAUGCCUUGGAAAAUUAUGCCUAUAACAUGAGGAACACCGUGAAGGAUGAGAAGAUUGGAUCCCAACUUAACCCAGCUGAUAAGAAGAAAAUCGAGGAUGCAAUUGAUCAGGCCAUUCAGUGGUUGGACAGCAACCAGCUUGCGGAGGUUGAUGAAUUCGAGGACAAGAUGAAAGAGCUGGAGAGCAUUUGCAAUCCUAUAAUUGCCAAGAUGUAUCAAGGCGCUGGUCCUGACAUGGGUGGCAGCAUGGAUGAAGAUAUUCCAUCGACUGGUGGCAGUGGUGCUGGCCCUAAGAUUGAAGAAGUCGAUUGAUUGAAAUUCUCCUCGAACAUUUUCUGCUUGGGUUUCAUGUUAGCUGCCUUUACUGGCUUUUGUUAUGGUUAAUUUGGGCUUGAUUUUGUUGUCUACCCCUGUUUGUCCACUUGCCGAGUGGUAGUGGCUCUCUUGUGAAGAACCCAGUUUAUUUUCCCGUUUUAAUUUAAAUGUAUUUUCUUUGUUUUUUUCUCUCAA